GCACAUCCACACACCGGCUGGACGCACAGAACGCUGGCUUCCUCGAGCGUCGAACUUUACGUUCAUUGAUCAAUCGUUUCAGCCUUGAUUGCUCCGGUGCUCCCCAUUGGCAUCGGCUCUCAAUCUUCGACGUUUGGUUCUCAACACACUGAACUGACACAUGACCCUCGCGAGACAAUCCUCCGAUUGAGCAGCAUCUUUACCGAUUCGACAACUGCAUAUCAUUACUUGUAUUCAUACACAAGGUGUCCGGUGUCCGCCUUCGUUAGAGGUGGAGGGAAAUAAUUCAUAAUGCUCCCUGUUUCACGACCGGAUGGUCAUAUGAACCUCAAUUAUAUUCCGACCACUCAACCAAUGUCGGGAACUAGCACAGGGCGUAGCUCUCCCAGUGAUCUCUCUGGAUCUGCUGCCAUCAAGUCGCCGUUCGGCCCAUCGAAUGGUCUGAAUGGAGCCGCAGGCGCAAUUGGCGGCGCGAGGCUAGGGGCUGGAUCCCCUUCUCAUGAACUUGGGGCUCGCUUGUACUCUAAACGAGCGCGAGAGAUCCAGGCAGAGGAAGGCGUUUCGCCCAGUAUCUGGGGCCCGCCGACUAGCGGUCAUUCCACCCCUCUUCGUGAGAACAUCCCGGAGUCUCCAAGCCAAGAAGGAUUUCCAGAUCUGGUGCCUACAUCCAGCGGCUCCAUCAAUAGCCCUGGCCGGAGAGCAAGAGCUGGGACUGUUCCUUCCAGAUUUUCGCCCGUCGGUGCAUUGAAUGAGGUGAAUCUUCAACAACCAUAUAUGCCUCAAACCUCCCGCCCUACGCCGUCAACUAGCCCUUUCCGCCCAUCCGGCGUUUCCGGUAUCGACACAGGCACAAAGACCGCAACUGCCCCUGGUGGGAGCAGCGCGGGGUCCCUUUCGCGUCUCCGAGCAGGCUCUAUGCCCCAGAGAGCAAACUUUUUGGGUUCUUCUGGCCCAUUUGGACCGUCCUUGUUCUCUACUAGCUGGGCAACCGGACGUGAGCGCGCGACAACACUGACAAGCAUUCGCUCUUCUGAAGGACCUGCCUCUCCCAGCCAGUCGUCAUUCUCAAGGGACGGGCUUGCAGAUACCGAUGUGAAAACGCUAGACUACUUGGGCUUGGCGGAGACACCGCAACAGGCACGAGCUACGCUUGUGCGGCCUGAUGUUAAUAUGCUCCUUCAACAGCAGCAGCAGCAGCAACAGCAACAGCAGCAGCAGCAACAGCAGUCCUCUUUGCCCCCUUUGCUGGCGGAACUGGCCAUGAUGAAGAAUAACAGCCGUAUCCGAUCGUAUUCGGUGAACGCGAAAGAGAAGUACGCUGAUGACGAGGACCUGGAGUAUGAGAGCCGCUACUCGCAACUUCCCUCUGGCACCGUUACUCCUUCUGCGGCUGCAACAGCAGCCCAGUUGGCCGCAACCCAGGCUCAGAUUCAUCAGCACAACCUUGCUGUACAGGCAUUCGCCAACCACGCAUCUGCCAGCCGACCUCGUGCCAGGACGGCUGGAAUCUUGGAGGCCCCUCCCCAGCGCUCGUCAAUCCGCAAUUACCUCGCUACUCCUUCGCGUCUCGAGAACAGCUUUAGCGCUGCUGACCUCAACAUCGCGGAAGGCGGAGAAUAUGAUGAGCUGUCGGAAGCUGUUCAGCUCAUGCAUCUUGGUGGAAGUGGUGCGCCUAACGUGGGAAUGCGGCAAACGGGAGACUUGGCAGACGAGAACAAUCAGGAUGGCCCUACUCGUGCUCUCUGGAUUGGCAGUAUUCCUGUCUCCACCACAGUCACGUCUUUGGAGGCGAUCUUCAGCCUGUACGGCAAAAUCGAGUCUACUCGCGUUCUGACCCACAAGAACUGUGGCUUUGUCAACUAUGAGCGCAUUGAGAGUGCCAUUCAGGCCAAGUCACUUCUCAACGGAAAGGAGAUCUUCCCUGGCGCUGGCCCUGUCCGGAUCGGAUAUGCUAAAGUACCUGGCACCUCUGCUUCUGGCACGCCCGGUGUCAAUGGAGCCCAGUCUUCUCCGACUCCUGAUCCGAGCAUGAACGGACCUGAUGGUAUUGUGAGACCGGAGAGCGGCACCAGCAUUCCGCAUAUACCUUCUCUUCCCGAGCUGCAGCCGGAAAUGGCACAAAUCGUCACCGAGUUCGGGGCCACGGAAGACGAUGCUCACAAUAUCAGCGCUAGCAUCCAUCGCGCAAUUGCCUUUGAUGCAUUUGAAGAUGAGAUUCCCCCGAUCGCCGAGCCAAGCCAAACUAGGAUGUUCGACGCACCGCGACUCCGUGAUAUCCGCAAGAGGAUCGAUAAUGGAGCUUGCUCAGUCCAGGAGAUUGAGGAAACCGCCGUUGCGAUGCUGCCGGAAAUCGCAGAGCUCGCGUCGGAUUAUCUCGGAAACACUGUCGUCCAGAAGCUCUUCGAGUUUUGCUCGGAAUCCACCAAGGAGCAGAUGCUCGGACCCAUUGCUCCUCACCUUGCUGAAAUUGGUGUCCACAAGAACGGAACCUGGGCCGCACAGAAGAUCAUUGAUGUGGCCAAGACUCCGAACCAGAUGCAGAUGAUUGUUGAUGCUCUGAGGCCAUACACCGUUCCGUUAUUCCUUGACCAGUACGGCAACUAUGUUCUCCAGUGCUGCCUGCGUUUUGGCGCCCCAUUCAAUGAUUUCAUCUUCGAGACGAUGCUCAGUCGGAUGUGGGAGAUCGCCCAGGGCCGCUUCGGUGCUCGGGCCAUGCGAGCAUGCCUUGAAAGCCACCACGCCUCGAAGGACCAGCAACGCAUGCUUGCCUCAGCCAUUGCUCUCCACAGCGUACAGCUUGCGACGAAUGCCAACGGGGCUCUGUUGCUGACAUGGUUCUUGGAUACCUGCACUUUCCCCCGCCGUCGCACCGUGCUUGCACCGCGCCUGGUCCCUCAUCUCGUGCACCUGUGCACCCACAAGGUCGCCUACCUGACCGUCUUGAAGGUGAUCAACCAGCGCAACGAGCCAGAUGCCCGUGAGAUAGUGUUGAAGGCUCUCUUUUUCAGCCCGGGCGACGAGGUAUUGGAGAAGAUCUUGAGCGACCAGACAUCGGGCGCGACACUGAUCUUCAAGGUUCUUACCACACCAUUCUUUGAUGAGUCUAUGCGCGCCGAGGUGGUGAAGAACGUCUCCAAGGUCCUCACUAAGCUGAAGGCAACUCCCAGUCAAGGCUACAAGCGCUUGAUGGACGAAGUUGGCUUGUCAUCUCGGGGAGGUGCUCGCGACAAUCACCAUGGACGUGAUCAUGUUUCCAACUCGGACAAGCAACAGCAUCGCCCAACCUCCCGGCAGGCGGCGUCAAACUACGGCUCCCAGCAGUCCAUGGAGCGUCAAUAUGGUGCGCAGUUUCCUACCAUGCUAGGCCCAGGUCUGGAUGCGACCAGGCCCGUUGCAUCCGAGCAGCAGCCCAACCCCGCUCCUUUUGACCCAUACAGUAUCAAUGGAAUGAACAGCAUUGGUUCUGCUGGUGGUCUCAGUCCUCUUAACGGGGUUGGUGGAGUUGGCGUUAAUGGUACCGGCUUCGGCCAGGAGCCCUUGGCGCCUCUGACCCAGCAACAACUGCAGUAUCAGGCCUACCUGGCUGCACAGUCCCGGGGCCUCUCUCCCUCGGGACUAUACCCAAGCCUCGGAAAUUCCAGCUUUGGAUACCCGGCUGGAGCACCUUCGGCUGACAGUCUUCGGGCUCUGCAGACCCCGGGAGUGCCCUUGGCUGGCGGUCCUGGCCAGAUGAACUCCAACCCUAUGAUGAACCAACCGACUUUUGCCCCCCAGCAAUUCAGCCCUGUUACGAACUCCGCUCAGAUGUAUCAGUAUCCUACUCAGUUCUAUUCCCAAGCGCAGCCAGCUCAGACACAGUCUGCGGGUGGACGACGUGGCCGUGUGAGUCAUCCCCAGCAUAUGUGAGAGCCUACGGCUUGCCUGCGCGACCGACGCUAAUGCGGAUUGAUCUCCAGCAUUGAGG